AUGUAUUCGCUGCAGAAAUUAGUGCCAAAUAGUAAAUUACAAAUAAAGCCUGGAGCAUUCUCUCAACAUCAAAAAUUAAAUUAAAGUGUUGAUGGUGUAUUACCUGUUAAUUAAUAAUCUUUGCAGCAACUACAAACAUAGAUACAAAUAUUAACAAAAAAAGAACCUCUGCGCCAAUAAAAUAAGAAAUAAGAAUUACUAUAGAUAUUAGAGAACGCUCAAGCAAACUAAAAACAAACUAAAUCUAUGUCACCAAAAAGAACACCAUAGAAGUAGAAGAGUAACAGAAAAUUGAAUUUUAAUUAACUCACAGAUCAAGACAAUCUAUUUUUGAAUUCUAGCAAUGCUAUGGCCAAUACGAUAAUUGAAAACAUAUUAAAUAAGGAUGAAUACUAUGAGAAAAUUAAAUUAGAGAAUCAAGAACUCAAAGAUCAAUCCUCAAAAUAUUAAGCCACAAUAGGAGAUCUAAAAAAGAAAAUAACUACAUUAGAACGCUAGAAUAAAGAAAUCAAUACAAAUCUAAGCAAUGAACGUUAAACAUAUUAAAGUGAGCUGAUGAAAAUAAAUGAGAAGAUUCAAUCCAUGAAGACUAUGUAGUAAAACCUAUAGAUGGAAUAAAAGAAAAAUGAAUUGCUCACAAAAUAAUUGUAAGAUCAAAUUACUAUUAAUAAUGGCUUAAAAUCUUUUAUCUGUGAAAACUGUUUGUUAAGUAUAGAAUUCUUAACAUUCCUCUAAAAGUCAGUGUAAACUUUUUAACCAAAUCUAAGUAAUGCUUAUGACACAUUAAUUGCAUUAUCAAAGCAUUCAACGUCCUUUAUUUUAGAAUUUAUCUCUAAAACUCAGAACUUGAACCUUCCUACAUUGAGAAAUUGCCUUUUACCAGAAGAAUUUGAUGUAAAUGGAUUUUUCGAGACUUUAGAAUAACUAAAAAUGCAUGAUUCACCAGAAUUAUCUUUUCGUAAUAAAAAUAAUAAUGUUGUGAAAUAGAGCAUUCAUGUAAAUAAUAAUAAUAAUAAUAAUAAUAAUAAUCUAUAAAUACCAGAUGCUGCAAAAUAAAAUAAAAUUACAACUUUGUAAGAAUAAUUCAAUGCAUUUCUUGAAUCAAGUGAACCAUUUACAGAUUCUUAAUUAGGAAGUCCUUAUUUCACAGAUUUUGAUACACUAGAUAAACAAAGACCGUUCACUAAGGAAAAGUAAAGGAAUUAAAUGCCUUUGCAAAUUAAUGCAUCAAAAAAAAUUAAGCAAGAAAUUAAUUAGGCUCCGCAUUAUUUUUAAUCAUUCAAAUAAAACGAGAAUGAGCCAACAGUCUUUGAUUCUCUAAUGAAAGAGGCUCCCAUAAACAAAGAUAGAUGUUCAUCAGUUCAUAGUUUAAGAUAUUUAGAUUAGCAAAUUCAAAAGGAGUAAGACAAAUCAACCAAAAGAAACAAAGAAAACUAAUCGGUUAAUUGCCAGUUUGUGAUUGCAAAGUACGAUUAUAAGGCACAAAAAGUAAAUUCAUAUUUAAUAACUUAAUAGGAAAUUGAUUUGAGUUUUAAGAAGGGAGAUUAAAUAAAACUAUUAAAAAAGACAACCAAUGGAUGGUGGUAUGGUGAGGAUAAAAAUUAGGUCAAGGGUUACUUUCCACAUAAUUUUGUUCAAUUAGUAGGAUGA